UGUUUUUUGUCAAAAGUGUGAUUAUAAACAAAUUGCUCACGUAGCGAAUGUGAGCGCAUGAAAAUUGUCCGUUUUCCGUAAUUUAUUGAACUCAAGGGCGGUAAGGUAUGAUUGCUCGCGUGUCGCUGCAGUAUUAUUCUUUCGAUGGAGUGUAGAAAAGUGGGAUAGCGGAGUCGAACCUCGGUGGUAUUAAUCUUACAACAACGCAUCAGCACAAUGGAUGCGAUACUGUCCAAAGGGAGCCUGGCUACACUGGCCACGGUUGCGACGGUUCUACAGUUUCUUACCGGGACGGUGAUUUGCAACCGAUACAUUAGAAAGAAGUCAACGGGAGAUACAUCCGCCUUUCCGUUCAUAUCCGGAUUUUUGUCAUGCUUCAUGUGGCUGAAGUAUGGAGUAUUAACCGAGGAAAGUACCGUGAUGCUGGUAAACUUCAUAGGAUCAGCGCUUUUCUUCUCCUAUACCGUAGUAUUUUUUAUAUUUUGUGUCAACAAGCGGGAAGUAAUUCGUCAAAUGAUGCUUAUAUCAUGCAUCAUAUUGAGCGCCACUUUUUACACGAUGUUUGAGCAGGACGCUGAAAAGUCGAUCCGAAUCAUAGGCCUGUUAUGCUGCUGUUUGGCGGUUCUGUUUUUCGCUUCGCCACUAACAAUGUUGGCGCACGUGAUACGUACACAAAAUACGGACAGUCUUCCUUUUCCAAUAAUUGUAGCAUCAUUUUUUGUAUGCUUCCUGUGGACCGCCUACGGCGUACUUAUUGGUGAUCGUUUUAUACAGGUUCCAAAUCUUCUUGGAGGAAUAUUGGCCGGAAUUCAAUUGACGUUGUAUGUGAUAUACCCGAAACAGAAAGCUUCCUCUAGCGGUGGACCACGCUAUUCACCUCUAGUAUCAGAAAACCCGAUUUUGUAGUAUUUGUUCUUCGAUGGUAAGUUAAGUAAGAAUGGGCCAGUGCGAUUCAUUUUGUUAAUAUUAUUUGCAUUAACAUUCAUGUUAAUACAAUUUAGUCAUUAAAGUUUAA